AUGGCUAGGGCUAGUUCGCUGCGCAACGUACAGAGAUUUCACCCCUCCGGAAGAGCGUCAAUGACUGGGGGAAACCACUUAGCAACGAAAAGCAUGGUGCAGCUGUUCAAUGAGUGGGAGAUCCAACUACUGGUGCUUGUUAGCUUCACAAUCCAGUUCUUUCUCUUCUUUGCUGGCAGCCUCCGGCGGCGUAUCAGAAACAGUGCAAUGAGAUCAUUAAUGUGGCUAGCUUACUUGGGAGCGGACGUGGUAGCAGCUUAUGUCCUAGGCCUCAUCUCGCGACAAGAGGUUUCCACUCAUCAUCUGGCUUUUUUCUGGGCGCCCUUCCUCCUCAUACAUCUCGGCGGACAAGACACCAUCACUGCUUUUGCCAUCGAGGACAACACUCUCUGGCGGCGGCAUUUGUUGAAUCUUGUUGUCCAAGCGUCCCUCACCCUGUAUAUCUUCUGGAAAUCAUUCGAUGGCGGCCCUAACAUGCAGCUUCUUGCUCCUAGCAUCCUUUUGUUUAUUACUGGCAGCCUGAGAAACGUCAGGGACUUGUCUUCUCGUUGGGAUACAUACCUUAUCUCUCCUGGCCCUGUUUCCUCUGCCUUGAGCUCAGCAGAUCUUGUGCGCACGUUUUUUACUGGCCUUAAUUGCCCCCUUCACGGUUGGGCUAUCGAUAUGUUGCGCCCAGACCUUUCAACCAGGUUAUUCGAGAUCAUGGAGAUUCAACUCGGCCUGAUGUAUGAUGAUAUCUAUACUAAGGCCCUCGUGCUUCGGACGUGGGGUUGCACCAUACUUCGGUGCAUCUCACAUCUUUCCUUUCUGGCCGCUUUUGUGCUCUUCUCUUCGGUAGUAAGAAACAAAGAAGAGAGGUGGCACUACAUUUCAUUUGACGCUGCAAUCACCUAUGGACUGUUUUUCGGCGGUUUCUCUCUUGAAGUUUCCUCAGUAUGUAUCAUCAUGAUGUCACCUCGAUCUUGUGCGUGCCUAGAUACUCGGCAUUGUAGCUUCCUUGGUUCCAUCAUUACUAGGUGUAGGCGUCCAAGGAAAAGAAGGGUGUUGUGGUCAAACUCCAUGGGUCAGUUCAACAUGUUAAACUAUUUGGGGCAGUAUGACCGGCACUCAAGUAAAAGCAUGUCUGUGAUCAGGAAACUAGCGAAUGUAUUUUGCAGGACGGCAUAUCAAAAGUUGUGGAUCAGUAAGCAGGUGGACACCAAGUUUGUGGAGGUGGAUGAGCACAUCAUGAGAUGCGUCGUCCAGAGGAUAGCUCAGUAUCGAAAUGAUGGUAGCCCCCAGCAGCAAUGGCCAACUCUUGGUCCACUGCUAGGGAAGUUAGCGCAGGAACCUGAUUCCAACUUUGAUUGUGAUGCCAUUAUCAUCCUCCAUGUAUUCACAGAGGUACAGUUGAGUACGUAUGUAACCACUGCUGCUGUGGAGAGUGAGCCUAGCGAUGCUUCGGUCCGUGGUGUAUGCCGGAUGAUAUCCCAGUAUAUGUUUUAUCUUUUGGUCACGCACCCUGAAAUGCUGCCAAUCAGGGAUAGCGACCAAAGUUAUCUUGCGUCAGUAACAAGGCAUUAUAAAAAUUUGAAGGGUGCGGAUGUUAAUGACAUCCAGCGUCGGGCAAUAUUGUACUUGACUAGAUUUGAUUUAUUAUCGGACCCCCCAGAGGAAUGCACAGAAGCGCAGCUGUUGGAGAUCCGAGAGGCAUGGGUAGGUCUGCUCCUCCAUGUCGCCAGCAAGUCGCGGCCGGAGAUGCAUGCGGCGCUGCUAGCCAGUGGAGGGGAGCUCCUUACCUUCAUCUGGCUGCUCAUGGCCCACUACGGACUUGGGGAUGUCCACGGCUGCCCCAUCGAGAUGAUGGCUGAUCGUGCACCUACUGGUCAGCGCCACUACGCCUUCUGA